CCGUUACCGCAGUCUGCCUUGUCAGCAAGCAAAGGGGUAGAGAUUCACCAACUUGGAAAGUGUGGAAAUGGGAAACAUGUUUCCACUCUCAUCCGAUGGCCAGGAUCCAGCUGAACUCCCUGACCUGAAUGAUCCUCUCAUCGACCAUUCAGAGGGCCAACUCUUUUUGAAUGAAGCCUUCAAAAUCAUUGUCGAGGAGGUUCUCUGCAAGGGAACAGACGUCAAGCAGAAGGUCUGUGAGUGGAGAGAGCCCGAACAGCUGGCUCUGCUGCUGGAUUUGGAGCUCAGGGCGGCGGGGGAGCCACAGCAGAGGCUCCUACAGAGAGUACAAGAUGUGGCCAAGUACAGCAUCAAGACAAGUCACCCACGUUUCUUUAAUCAGCUGUUUGCAGGAGUGGACUAUCAUGCCCUGGCUGGACGGUUCCUCAGUGAGGCUCUCAACACUAACCUCUAUACCUAUGAGGUGGCCCCGGUGUUUGUGCUGAUCGAGACUGAGGUUUUAAGAUCACUGCGGCAGCUGGUUGGCUGGACAGAAGGUGAUGGUAUCUUCUGCCCUGGGGGGUCUACCUCUAACAUGUUUGCCAUGAACAUCGCACGCUACCGACUUUUCCCAGAGGUCAAAAGCCAGGGUCUGUGGGCCGUCCCACGGCUUACCAUCUUUACCUCUGCUGAGAGCCAUUACUCAGUGAAGAAAGGAGCUGCCUAUCUGGGCAUUGGGACAGAUAAUAUCAUCGUGGUGAAAGUGGAUGAAGG